GCUGUUUUGCUCCCUCUUUUUCGGCAUAGUUGCCUCUUGAACAAAAGAGCACAGAAGAAUGCCGGGCGGCCAAGGUCUUCGUGCCCGCACGCGGCACAUGUUUGCCCGUGGCUUCCGCCAGAAGGGCUUCAUUCCGCUGUCGACGUACCUGCGCACCUACAAGCUCGGGGACUUUGUUGACAUCAAGGUCAAUGGCGCCAUCCACAAGGGUAUGCCCCACAAGUGGUACCAGGGCAAGACUGGUGUCGUCUGGAACGUUACCAAGCGUGCCAUCGGUGUGGAGGUCAACAAGCGGGUUGGCCACCGCAUCAUGAAGAAGCGCAUCCACGUGCGCGUGGAGCACAUCCAGCCCUCCCGCUGCCGCGAGGAGUUCCUGACCCGCCGCGCCGCCAACGACCAGGCUAAGGCGGCCGCCAAGGCCAAGGGUGAGGAGGCCCCGAAGACGAAGCGUGUGCCCCAGGGCCCCCGCGGCGGCUUCGAGCUGAUCCCGGAGAAGGUGGAGACCAUUGCCGCCAUCCCCUACGAUAUCAUCAAGGAGGGCCUGGUAUAAACGGGUGGUUCCGUCUGGUUGGGGCGCUAGGCUGCUGCGUGUUUGCUGUGGCUGUAACGCUGCGUAUGUCG